AUGGAAGUCCAGCGAUUGCCAUCGUUACGAACAACCGUUCGCGAUAGUGAAAAUUCCACAGAAUUAUGCUGGUAUAAGAUGGGUGGAUGGUUACUUUAUGCAUGCAUUCUGCUGUUCAUACCUUUUACACUGACAAAUUGUUCAAACAAGGCUGAAAGUGGAGCAACUGGAACUCAAAAGUCACAAAACACAGCGGAAACACAAAAUAAGGGGAAGGAAAACGUAAAGGAGAAAAAGGGUGGAAAAGUAGAAAAGGAGAAAACGAAAGCUCAAGAUUCGAAGGUAGGUUCGAACGAGGCGAAGAAGUCCAACGAAAAUACGACCAAUGACAAGAAAAAGCCGAAUGAAUCGAAAGAGAAGAAAGAAUCAGAGACGAAGGCGAAAGAGUUACCAAAGAAGAAGGAAAAGAAAGCAAAAGAACAGAUAUACAAAACGGACAAAAAAGACGAUAAGUUGAUGAAGUUGAAAAUGAAGAAAGUUCGUAAAGCCGACAAACCGGAUGCCAGAGCAAAAGACAAGAAAUCGGACAAAAUCGAUGCUGCGGCAGCUGUACCAGUUAUCAAAUUAGUGCCAACGAAAAAGAAAGAAAAGGACGGAAAAAUUGAAAGCCAACUGGAGGUAUUAGUGUACUAUCAGGUAGACUACACUGAUCCCAACCUAGUCGACACAGUACCGCCAAGUGAGCGCCAUAAAGAGAAAAUAAAUGAGAGGAAGGACGCGGUAGAACCUGUAGCUGGUAAAGAAGAAGAAAAAGAAAAAAAGAAAGAAGAAGAGAAGAAAAAGGAAGAUGAGAAGAAAGAUGAAAAGGAAAAGAAGAAAGAGGAAAAAGAAGGGAAGAAAGAAGAGAAAAUAGAAGGAAAGGAGAAGAAAGAAGACAAAAAGAAGGAAGAAGGGAAAAAGGAAGAAAUAGAAAAGAAAGAGGAGCAGAAAGUGGAAGAUGAAAAGAAGAAAAUGGAGAAGAAAGAUGAAAAAGAACAAAAGAAAGAAGACGCAGGGCCAAAAAAAGCAGUGACCGUGGAGCCCGCAAUCGUCAAAUUCACAACAGCUGGAGGAAAAAUGACUGUUACUCUGAAGAACGGUGGAGAACGAGUUGUGUUCAAAGUGAAGUGCUCAAACAACAACGAAUAUGGUAUACAACCUAUAUAUGGUUUUAUUGCUAUGUCUAGCACUAUUUCACUUGUGAUCACACGUCUACCUGGAAAACCAAAAGAAGACAUAAUGAUAAUACAGUGGGCGCAAGCAAAAGACGAUAGGAAAAAUGCUAAGGAUGCAUUCAUAGCCGCUCCACCGGGUUCGGUACAAUCAAUUACUGUUCCUCUGGUAGUUACUACUGAACCUCCUCCGACACCGACAGUAACAACUACUCCAAAAGCGCCCGCUCCAGCUCCUGUUGCUCUCAAACCACCCGUAGCUGGAGCCGCAUCCGUUGCUCCUGCCAAAUCUGCCGUUUCUGGAGCACCAGCUCCACUCACUGGUAAACCAACCACUCCUGGUGUAGCUAUUCCUAAACCUCCACCACCUGCUGACGCUGGAAAACUUCCCACACCAAAUACGUCCACAACACCUGCUCCCCAAGGUGCUAAAGACAAUGCUCCCGUUGUCAGUAUGUACCUUGGUCCCGGAGAUGCUAACCCAUAA